UCGUCCUGGAACGUGAUGACCGUUUCCGCGAUGAAUUUUGGAUUGAUUCACUUAUAUUGGAAUGCUUCAACACCGAAACGUAAUGAAAUUUUGACCAUUCUGAAGAUGAAAAACGUGCUGCAGGAUAAAAUCAAGAAGCGCAAGAGCUUCGAGAAACAACUUCAGCGCAGCCAAGACAAAUUGAGCAGUCUGAAUGUCAACACAGAGGACGCGAUUCGAGUGUCCGAGUUGGAAAUUGAAAACGAGAAGUUACACAAGGACAUUCUACUGCUCCGAAACAGUAUCGAUCGUGGCAUUGCCGAAAAGGAAUUAGAGGCUCAAUUCCUUGCAUUGGAAGAAGAGAAUAGGCGUCGUCGCGACGAGUGUAUUCAGUUGCGUUCGAUUUUGGCGCAGCGUAGUCAUGGUUCACCCAGUAAAAUGAAUGGUCAUGCAAAUAACGUUGAUCAUUCUGACGACUACACACUGCACGAAAGCGAGUUGUUGCAAGCGUUCGAGGCGCAAAAAGUGGUCAACCGUCAAUUGGAAUCCGAAUUGACCGCUCUAACCGAGGAGAACAACUCGAAAAUGCUGGAUAUGAGCAAGGAAAUUGAAGAAUUGCGCUCCGAACGAAACCAAUUCCAAGAGAUUAUGCACAAUCAAAUUCGAUCGACCGAACUGUCGGAGGAGUACCACAGCAUUAUCAGUCAAGAUAACAACUCUGCGGUACAGAAGCAACAGAACGUUGACUACCUAAUGGCGGAGAUUAAAUCGAUCAGCGCGGCGUAUACACAAGUUUUGGAGGAAAAUAGCCGAAUGUCGAAAUCCAUUGGGAAGCUAAUGCAAGAAAAUCAAAUCUUGUCGAAACGACUGCGACAGAAUGGCAUUGAUGACUCGAUCGUGCCGUCGGAAAGUCUUGAAAAGUCACCAAUGAUCCACAAACGUGCCCCGACCUUCCAAGGCAUAUUUAAGUAUCGCGCAGUGGAUGUUUUAAAGCUGUUGCAGCGAGUCGUGGAUGAUUUGGAACCAGGAGUUGCCAAGACAUUGACACCAGCUCUGCCGGCGUAUAUUAUUUUUAUCUCCAUCAGACUUCUGAACCUCUUGAAGCAAUACGGUGGAUUGGAGGAGUACAUGAAGUUCAAUACACUUACACAAAAUGAGCAGCAGUUGAAAAAUUUCGAUAUGUCCGAGUAUAGACAAGUGAUCUUCUCCACAAUCAUCGUAUCGCAUCAGCAGAUCAUCCAACAGAUUCAGGAAAUUAUCAAAGUGCACAUUGUUCCCGCCAUUUUGGACUAUGAUGAAAUGGCACGCGGAAAACAAAAAGGCAAACGUGUUUCAGGCGUUUUCUACGAGCCACGAUCGUUGGUCAAUCAAUUGGACCACUUUUAUGAGUUGUUUAAGACCUUUGGUUUGGAUGACAUUUUCAUCGAUCAAAUUUUCAAGCAAUUCUUCUACUACAUUUGCGCCAUAUCAUUGAAUAAUCUCAUGCUGCGACGAGAGCUGUGCAUGUGGAAAACUGGCAUGAGAAUACGGUACAACAUAAGCUGUCUGGAGGAAUGGGCACGCAAAAUGAAAAUGAGCAACGAAAUCACCGAGCCAUUAACACCACUAAUUCAAGUUGCGUCGUUGUUACAAGCGAGGAAAGAAACCGAUCAAGAUGUUCAAGUGAUUUUAGACAUAUGCUCAACAUUGUCAACUGCUCAAGUAAUCAAGAUUCUGAAAUCAUACACGUUAGAUGAUUGUGAGGCUCCAAUCAAACCGGCAUUCAUUGAAAAUCUAACGACCAAACUGAAUGAGCGACCGAUGAAGACACCGACUGACACCUUCACAAUUGAUGAGGCGUUCGUGCAUCCGUUGAAAGUGGUGUACAAGUACGAUGACACACGCCUCGAGGAGAUCGAUUUACCGCAGAUUUUGAAUUUG